GAAUGUGUUUGCUCAACCUAAUAGAGCCUGGGAGGCAGCAGGCCUCACAAAGGCCCCAUUCUGCAGUAACAGGAACUCCAAACCAGCAGUGCCACGUCCAAAUGUUUGGACACACAUACAGCUCAGAGGCUAAAUGGGUUUCACUCUGUUUUGACCAAGAAGGCAACUUGAAAUCAACCACCAACGGUGUUUAGUGCAGGACAGUCAGGAGACAACAAUGCUCGGGGACGCUUUGUGCAGUGGACAGUUAAUGGUUUCUUCGAUAAUAAACCGGCCUUUCAAGUUAUCUGCUCAGGUAGUCACUUUCAAAGUAGGGCAUGUAGGUGUGCCAGCAGGACGCAAUAAACUCUGUCACUGAUGUUUGCAUUGUAAACGUCUUGGUGGACACAGGACAGCACACAGCUCGACUUUAAGACGUGUUUGAACUCUGCAGAGGCGUCAAUGCGAAGGCAGCAGCAGCAACGGACACGCGCUCCGGGCUGGUUGGUCCCGGUGGGAGAGAUGUGUUACUGCUUUAUUGACAAAAGAACUCAUUCUGCGUGCGUGGCCAUCACAGUUGUUCUGUUACACCUGGUAAUCGGCCUGCUUUACUUAACGGACCCGUUAACGCUGGAAGAGGUCGAGUCCAAGCAGAGCCGUGCGGUGACGCUCCUGAUCUGGACUCAUCCGUUCGGCCAACACCAAAAACUUCCGGACUGCUACGCGCUCUUUCAGGUCCCCGGGUGCACGCUCACCGACGACAAGAACGCGUACCCGCGGGCGGACGCUUUGAUUGUCCACCACCGGGAUGUCGCCACCGGCUCUGCUGAGCUGCCACCGGAACCGCGCCCGCAAGGGCAAAAGUGGAUAUGGAUGAACUACGAGUCCCCGUCACACACACCCAAACUGCAGCUCUUUGAGGGAGUUUUCAAUUUUACAAUGAGCUACCGGGUGGAUUCGGAUAUUUUCCUGCCGUACGGGUACCUCAUCCCCCGUGUACGUAAAACCAGGAUGAUCCAGAACCGCUUUACGCACCCGCUCCACAGACCCUCGGGCGCAGACCUCCGCCGGCCCCGCCUAGUGGCCUGGGUCGUCAGCAACUGGUCGGAGAAGCACGCACGAGUGGCCUUCUACUACAAGCUCCGCCGGUACAUCCACGUGGAUGUGUACGGACACGCGGGGCGGCCGGUGCCAGACGACGGCGGCGUGGGAAGCUUGACGCAGCUGAUCGGGCGCUACCAGUUCUACCUGGCGCUGGAGAACUCGCAGCACACCGACUACAUCACGGAGAAGCUGUGGAACGCGGUGCAGGCUGGCGCUGUCCCGGUGGUCCUAGGUCCGCCCAGGAAGAACUACGAGCGUUUCCUGCGUCCAGAGGCAUUCAUCCACGUGGACGACUUCCCCACGGUGCGGGGCCUGGCACGGUACCUGCUGAUGCUGAGAGGCAACCCGGACCGCCUCAGGCGCCACCUGGACUGGAGGGGGAGCUACAGCCUGUACCGGCCAAAGCAGUGGGCUGAACACUACUGCACUGCCUGCAAGGCGACGAGGAUGAGCAGAGGCAGGACUGAUGUGGUCGGAGAUCUGAAGAACUGGUUUUCCUCCUGAAGACAUCAACAGCACCUGCAGCAAGACACUGAACUGUGAACUGAGAGAUCAUUUCUCCCUGUGACAAUGAGAGAGGAAAAACACUAACUGCUGCUUUAAAUGAAAUACAUCUAUUGAU